UCUUCUCUCUUGUACUCCCCUCUCUGUUCACUCUAGAGUUCUUCUCGAGCAAACUGCAGCAACAGCACCCCGGCCAAGCAUUUAAUAUUGUUCCAUUUUCAGAUUAUUCACUCCCCAUCGACCAGAACACAGAGGAAUGUGAGAAGAUUUCACAUUAAUUGCAUUUGUAUCUCACUAUGGAAUGUUGGUAGAGAGAGAGAUAGAGAGAGAAAGGUGGCCAUUUUAUUUUAGGACUUCUUCACCAACCUCCUUGCUGCUCAGUAAUGGAGAGGCUCCAAGGACCCAUAAAUCCCUGUUUCUUUGGGGACCAUUUGGAUUUGCAAAGCUUCGAGCACGAAUUCACCACCACAAAUGGCUUGAGAUUUGAGGAAGAAGAAGAAGCACAAUACCUUUCAGGGUUGGAAGAUAGAAUACCAUUUCUUCAGAUGCUACAAAGCAUUGAUUUCCCUCCUUGUGAUUUCACUCAAAAAGAGACGAGCUUUCAAUCACUGUUAAGACUACAGCACCUCAAGACCAAUGCAGCAUGGCCUGAAAUGGAAAAUACCCAAAGUGCCCAAAUUCAGACACUUGAGGCACUAGAGAGCUGUGUAACUCAUGACAGUCAACAACAGUUGUAUCAUUCACCAGCUAAAUCUGAAGGACAAGAGCCUCACCAUAACAACCCACUUUCAGCUUCUGGUACUCUUGAGGGUGGUGGCGGUGUGAGCUCAGAUUGCAACCAAGAAAUGCAACAACUCAACUCAGCAAAAAUGGGUCCUAACCAGAGCCAGACCCAGUUUACCAAAUCGGGUUCUUCUCCGGCCACCCGAGAGAGACGAAAGCGCAAGAGAACAAGACCAACCAAGAACAAAGAGGAGGUAGAGAGCCAGAGAAUGACCCACAUUGCUGUUGAGCGCAACCGCAGACGCCAAAUGAAUGACCAUCUCAAUGUUCUCAAAUCCCUCAUGCCCCCUUCCUACAUUCAAAGGGGUGACCAAGCUUCUAUAGUUGGGGGAGCAAUAGACUUUGUGAAGGAAUUAGAGCAACACCUACAGUCCCUUGAAGCACACAAGAGAAUGAGAAGAGCUGAAGGCUUCACCACCAACAAUGUUGACCCUAACAUUAACAACUCCAUGUCGUCAUCUUCACCAUCUUCAUCAUCAGCCAUGACAAUGCCUUCAAAUGGAAUGUUCAUGUCUCUCUCCCAGUGCAGAAUCGGUUCUACUGAGGAAGGUAACACUUAUGGGGACGAUGGAUUCACCGCACAAAACAAGUCUGAGGCUGCAGAAGUAGAUGUUACAGUGAUCCAAACCCAUGUGAACUUGAAGGUCCAGUGUUAUAAGAGGCCUGGCCAGUUAGUGAGAGCGCUUGUUGCCUUUGAAGACAUCAGGCUAACAGUUUUACACCUCAACAUUACUUCUUCAGAAGACAAGGUUCUCUACUCUUUCAAUCUCAAGAUUGAGGAGGGUUGUAAGUUAGGAUCAGCAGAUGACAUUGCUAGAGCAGUACAUCAAAUAUUCAGCUUCAUCAAUUGCAGCUGAUUAACUGGUUCAGGACUCAGAGGCUCUCCAGAAGAAGCAGCUAACUUUCUUUUCUUAGCUAGAUAGAGUAGAGAAAAAAAAAGGGAAAAAAAAUG